AGCAGACGAGCGUUUCCCUCGUAGUGUGUACUGCAGAGGACGAUUUGUGCAUCCUGACGAGGUCUGCGGUCGAUGCCCAUGGAGCUGUUCAGUUUGGAUCAGGAUACGAUUUAUUAAUUUAAGCCUAUCUUACGGAGGAAGCCGGAGAUAGCCGAUGUAUCACGAUUGUGAGCUGUUAACUGGGCACUGUCGUUUGCAAUUACUUCCACUGAUUUCUACUGUAACGAAAACGAUUAUCCAUCAAGUAAGAAUCUCAAUUAUGACUGAACUACAAGUAAUUACUGAAGAAGAAGCUGUCAAGAACAAUGAUGAGGAAAAGACUGAUGCGAUUCCAGGGAUUAAUAAAGAACGUCCAUUGUUUAUGCCAAACAAAAAUGGAUUCAUGACAUUCCCUGUACCAAAUCCUGAUGAAGUCAUUAUUGGAACAACAAGGGCCAUACCAGCUGAAAAAGAUGAUCAUCCAGGUGACAACAAGGGGCCAAGCAGUUGUGACAACUUGGAAUUUGGCAGUUGUGACAAGACCUCCAUCAGUUUUGACAGCAAGGAGAUCAGCCAUUCUGACAUCAAAGAGCCAAGCAGUUUUGACAAUAUCAAGUCCAGAAGUUGUGACAGAGAGAAGUUACAGCGUCAUCAGAGCCAUGAGGAUCAUAGCAAACACAUGAAAUCCUGUAAUGAUAAAUCAACACAAGGACCAAAAGAGCUUACAAAAAAGAAGAGCCGUAGACGCAAGAGCAAGCACGAUAAAUAUCUGGAACAUAGACAGGUCGAACAAGACGAGACAAGGAUGUUUAGAAAGGCGAACAUCAGUGAAGAGCAGCAAGUUGACAUACUAGGAGAGAAAGAGCCAAACUUGAAUCAGACGGGAAGCCAGCUAGAAAUCUUGAAGGCGGGACAGAAUUCCAUGAACACCAAGGAGCAGCGAUGUGGAUUGGAAUACAACAUUGGAGCCAAAGAGGCCACAUCACAGGGCUCCCAUGAGGUUUUGUCUUCAGAAAAGCAAUCUUCAGACUUGAAAGGAGCUGUUGCAGACAACGCAAGGCUAACAUAUAAAACUGGUAGACAAAAAACUUUAAAUAUUGAUCAGAAACAAAAACACUAUGCAAGAUACAGCACACCAAAGGUAUCGAUGUGGUCGUUGGUAGCCUUUGCACAUAACAUUUUACGCAAGAAUGCUGCUGUAGCAAUUCUUUUGAUAGUUUUUAAUCUGCCUCAUGCCUAUGCUUGCACACCUACAAUGAAGGAUCAGGUUGCUAUAGUAGGAGACAAUGCCAUUUCAUGUUUCCAGGUUCCUCCAAGGAAAGAUUGCAGUUUUCAUGUCAAUAAUGAUACUUGUGGUACAUUUAGCACAAUGCCUGGAUAUGAUAAUCAGAAUAAUGUAGGGGUAGACCCAAACUGCACAAUGAAAUUAGCUCCACACUAUAAGCAUGGAAAUUUCUGUUUGACCCUCUUCAAUGUGUCUUCUGGGGACAAGAAUAUUUCAAUAACUUAUACAGGACCAAAUCAAUCGGGCUGCUAUGGCCUACUGAAAGUCCUGAAAAAUCCACCUGAUAACCUGCCUUAUACAUGCACACCUACAAUAAGGGAUCAGGUUGCAACUGUAGGAGACAAUGUCACUUCAUGUUUCCAGGUUCCUCUUAGGGAAAAUUGCAGUGUUCAUGUCAAUAAUGAUACUUGUGGUUCAUUUAACACAAUGCCUGGAUUUGAUAAUCAGAAUCAUGUUAAAAUAUACCCAAACUGCACAUAUAAAAUUGCUCCACACUAUAAGCAUGUUAAUUUCUGUUUGACCCUCUUCAAUGUGUCUGCUGGGGACAAGAAUAUUUCGAUAACUUAUAAAGGAUCAGAUCAGUCGGGUUGCUAUGGCCUACUGAAAGUCCUGAAUAAUCCACCUGAUAAUAACGAUAAGAGUAAUAAUUUGCUGUGGAUAAUACUUGGGCUUUUCAUAGUUGUAGUGGCAGUAGUUGUAUUUUUGAUCUUAUUCGUUCGAAGGAUAUUAAAAAACAGAAGUUAUGACGUACCGGAUAAUGGGUUAGAAUUUCGUGAAGUUCAAAGGCCAUUGAUGAAUGGUGACAGUUUACCCCAAACUCAAGUGUCUACCUAAAUCUCUCUCAUUUGAAGGGCCAUAACUCUGUUGUUUGAAAAAAAUGAUUAUCUGCCCUGUGACUUGAGCUGAAAUAUUAUUUUCAUCUAUUUGCUGUGUUUGUGGUGUCAAGAUAUGAUGAAGAAAAUUAAGUUAAGCAUAGUAAAACAAAUCUUAGUGCAGGCAUGGUUAAUAUCGUUUCUGCUUGUUUUUAUGAUAAUUAUAAUAAUUCAAACUCCCGUUUGUUUUGACACCUGAUCUAUUUAAAUGGCAUAUUUCAAGAGCACGAAAAUCCUGUGAACAAACCGUUUUAAGAAUGUAUAACAUAGUAUUUUGUUGUGUUGACAGAAUUAACAUCCAUAAUGUCUUAAUACCUUGCAAAUUAUAAGCAUGUAUGAGCUUUAUAUCAUUGUAUGUGUGUGUGCAUGUAUUUGUAUAUAGUGUUGAAAAGAAAAUAAUAAAAAAUGUAGUAAAAUAUGACGAUAUUUUGAGUUCUUAGCGUACAUAAAGCAUAUCACUUAGGCAUUACUAUAAAUGUUCUUAAAAAACGGGAUUCAUGACCCCAACCUAUAAACAAGAGCAGACAACUGUAUUAAGCAUUUUGACAGAAUUAUGGCCCUUUUUAUACUUAGAUAAUCGAACAUUUUGCUUAAAUUGUGAUAACUUCUUUAUUUAUAUUAAGAUUUUAUUAAUACUUUGACAAAACAACUCUUACCUGAAUACCACAAUGGAUUCCACCCAAACAAUACCCCACGCCCCAACCCAGAAUCCCUGCCCAAACCCCCCCCCCCCAAAAAAAAAAAUAAAUAAAUAAAAUUUGAAUAAAAAUGGUGAUCUUAUGUGACCGUGUGAUGUCUGUAUGUGCGUGCGUGUGUCGACAAUUUGUUUGUGUAGACAGUAGAGGUCACAGUUUUCAUCAAAUCUUUGUGAAAUUUGGUCAGAAUGUUCAUCUUGAUGAAAUCUGGGUUGGAUUGUAUUUGGGUCAUCUGGGGUCAAAAACUAGGUCACUAUGUCAAAAACUAGGUAACAUAAUAGGUCAUAUAGUAGAAAAACCUUGUGUAGACAAUAGAGGUCGCAGUUUUCAUCCAAUCUUUAUGAAAUUUGGUCAGAAUGUUUAUCUUGAUGAAAUCUGGGUUGGGAUUGUAUUUGGGUCAUCUGGGGUCAAAAACUAGGUCACUAGGUCAAAAAUUAGGUCAAAUAAUAGAAAAACCUUGUGUAGACAGUAGAGGUCACAGUUUUCAUCCAAUCUUUAUGAAAUUUGGUCAGAAUAUUUAUCUUGAUAAAAUCUGGGUUGGGAUUGUAUUUGGGUCAUCUGGGGUCAAACACUAGGUCACUAGGUCAAAUAAUAGAAAAACCUUGUG